CACAGCAUAAUGCGUGGCUUCAACCUGCUCCUCUUCUGGGGAUGUUGUGUUAUGCACAGCUGGGAAAGGCACACAAGACCCACACUGAAACCAAACACAAAGGGUAAUAACUGUAGAGACAGUACCUUGUGCCCAGCUUAUGCCACCUGCACCAACACAGUGGACAGUUACUAUUGUGCUUGCAAACAAGGUUUCCUGUCCAGCAAUGGACAAAAUCACUUCAAGGGUCCAGGAGUGCAAUGCAAAGAUAUUGACGAAUGUUCUCAAAGCCCCCAGCCCUGUGGUCCUAACUCAUCCUGCAAAAACCUGUCGGGGAGGUACAAGUGCAGCUGUUUAGAUGGUUUCUCUUCUCCCACUGGAAAUAACUGGGUCCCAGGAAAGCCGGGCAAUUUCUCCUGUACUGAUAUCAAUGAGUGCCUCACCAGCACGGUCUGCCCUGAGCAUUCUGACUGUGUCAACUCCAUGGGAAGCUACAAUUGCAGCUGUCAAGUUGGAUUCAUCUCUAGAAACUCCACCUGUGAAGAUAUUGAUGAAUGUUCUCAAAGCCCCCAGCCCUGUGGUCCUAACUCAUCCUGUGAAAACCUGUCGGGGAGGUACAAGUGCAGCUGUUUAGAUGGUUUCUCUUCUCCUACUGGAAAUGACUGGAUCCCAGGAAAGCCGGGCAAUUUCUCCUGUACUGAUAUCAAUGAGUGCCUCACCAGCACGGUCUGCCCUGAGCAUUCUGACUGUGUCAACUCCAUGGGAAGCUACAAUUGCAGCUGUCAAGUUGGAUUCAUCUCUAGAAACUCCACCUGUGAAGAUAUUGAUGAAUGUUCUCAAAGCCCCCAGCCCUGUGGUCCUAACUCAUCCUGUGAAAACCUGUCGGGGAGGUACAAGUGCAGCUGUUUAGAUGGUUUCUCUUCUCCCACUGGAAAUGACUGGAUCCCAGGAAAGCCGGGCAAUUUCUCCUGUACUGAUAUCAAUGAGUGCCUCACCAGCACGGUCUGCCCUGAGCAUUCUGACUGUGUCAACUCCAUGGGAAGCUACAAUUGCAGCUGUCAAGUUGGAUUCAUCUCUAGAAACUCCACCUGUGAAGAUAUUGAUGAAUGUUCUCAAAGCCCCCAGCCCUGUGGUCCUAACUCAUCCUGUGAAAACCUGUCGGGGAGGUACAAGUGCAGCUGUUUAGAUGGUUUCUCUUCUCCCACUGGAAAUGACUGGAUCCCAGGAAAGCCGGGCAAUUUCUCCUGUACUGAUAUCAAUGAGUGCCUCACCAGCACGGUCUGCCCUGAGCAUUCUGACUGUGUCAACUCCAUGGGAAGCUACAAUUGCAGCUGUCAAGUUGGAUUCAUCUCUAGAAACUCCACCUGUGAAGAUAUUGAUGAAUGUUCUCAAAGCCCCCAGCCCUGUGGUCCUAACUCAUCCUGUGAAAACCUGUCGGGGAGGUACAAGUGCAGCUGUUUAGAUGGUUUCUCUUCUCCCACUGGAAAUGACUGGAUCCCAGGAAAGCCGGGCAAUUUCUCCUGUACUGAUAUCAAUGAGUGCCUCACCAGCACGGUCUGUCCUGAGCAUUCUGACUGUGUCAACUCCAUGGGAAGCUACAAUUGCAGCUGUCAAGUUGGAUUCAUCUCUAGAAACUCCACCUGUGAAGAUGUGGAUGAAUGUGCAGAUCCAAGAGCUUGCCCAGAGCAUGCAACUUGUAAUAACACUGUUGGAAAUUACUCUUGUUUCUGCAACCCAGGAUUUGAAUCCAGCAGUGGCCACUUGAGUUUCCAGGGUCUCAAAGCAUCAUGUGAAGAUAUUGAUGAAUGCACUGAAAUGUGCCCCAUCAAUUCAACAUGCACCAACACUCCUGGGAGCUACUUUUGCACCUGCCACCCUGGCUUUGCACCAAGCAAUGGACAGUUGAAUUUCACAGACCAAGAAGUGGAAUGUAGAGAUAUUGAUGAGUGCCGCCAAGAUCCAUCAACAUGUGGUCCUAAUUCUAUCUGCACCAAUGCCGUGGGCUCCUACAGCUGUGGCUGCAUUGCAGGCUUUCGUCCUAAUCCAGAAGGCUCCCAGAAAGAUGGCAACUUCAGCUGCCAAAGGGUGCUCUUCAAAUGUAAGGAAGAUGUGAUACCUGAUAAUAAGCAGAUCCAGCAAUGCCAAGAGGGAGCCACAGUGAAACCUGUAUAUGUCUCCUUUUGUGCACAAACAAAUAACAUCUUCAGCAUUCUGGACAAAGUGUGUGAAAAUAAAACGACUGUAGUUUCUCUGAAGAAUACAACUGAGAGCUUUGUCCCUGUGCUUAAACAAAUAUCCACGUGGACUAAAUUCACCAAGGAAGAGACGUCCUCCCUGGCCACAGUCUUCCUGGAGAGUGUGGAAAGCAUGACACUGGCAUCUUUUUGGAAACCCUCAGCAAAUGUCACUCCAGCUGUUCAGACGAAAUACUUAGACAUUGAGAGCAAAGUUAUCAACAAAGAAUGCAGUGAAGAGAAUGUGACCUUGAACUUGGUAGCCAAGGGGGAUAAGAUGAAGAUCGGGUGCUCCACUAUUGAGGAAUCUGAAUCCACAGGGACCACUGGUGUGGCUUUUGUCUCCUUUGUGGGCAUGGAGUCGGUUUUAAAUGAGCGCUUCUUCCAAGACCACCAGGCUCCCUUGACUACCUCUGAGAUCAAGCUGAAGAUGAAUUCUCGAGUCGUUGGGGGCAUAAUGACUGGGGAGAAGAAAGACGGCUUCUCAGAUCCAGUCAUCUACACUCUGGAGAACAUUCAGCCAAAGCAGAAGUUUGAGAGGCCCAUCUGUGUUUCCUGGAGCUCUGAUAUGAAGGGUGGAAGAUGGACAUCCUUUGGCUGUGUGAUCCUGGAAGCUUCUGAGACAUAUACCACCUGCAGCUGUAAUCAGAUGGCAAAUCUUGCCGUUAUCAUGGCGUCUGGGGAGCUCACGAUGGACUUCUCCUUGUACGUCAUUAGCCAUGUGGGCAUUAUCAUCUCCGUGGUGUGCCUCGUCUUGGCCAUCGCCACCUUUCUGCUGUGUCGCUCCAUCCGAAAUCACAACACCUACCUCCACCUGCACCUCUGCGUGUGUCUCCUCUUGGCGAAGACUCUCUUCCUCGCCGGUAUACACAAGACUGACUACAAGAUGGGCUGCGCCAUCAUCGCGGGCUUCCUGCACUACCUCUUCCUUGCCUGCUUCUUCUGGAUGCUGGUGGAGGCUGUGAUACUCUUCUUGAUGGUCAGAAACCUGAAGGUGGUGAAUUACUUCAGCUCUCGCAACAUCAAGAUGCUGCACAUCUGUGCCUUUGGUUACGGGCUGCCGAUGCUGGUGGUGGUGAUCUCUGCCAGUGUGCGGCCACAGGGCUAUGGAAUGCACAAUCGCUGCUGGCUGAAUACAGAGACAGGGUUCAUCUGGAGUUUCUUGGGGCCAGUUUGCACAGUCAUAGUGGUCAACUCCAUUCUCCUGACCUGGACCUUGUGGAUCCUGAGGCAGAGGCUUUCCAGUGUUAAUGCCGAAGUCUCAACGCUAAAAGACACCAGGUUACUGACCUUCAAGGCCUUUGCCCAGCUCUUCAUCCUGGGCUGCUCCUGGGUGCUGGGCAUUUUUCAGAUUGGACCUGUGGCAGGUGUCAUGGCUUACCUGUUCACCAUCAUCAACAGCCUGCAGGGGGCCUUCAUCUUCCUCAUCCACUGUCUGCUCAACCGCCAGGUACGAGAAGAAUACAAGAGGUGGAUCACUGGGAAGACAAAGCCCAGCUCCCAGUCCCAGACCUCAAGGAUCUUGCUGUCCUCCAUGCCAUCCGCUUCCAAGACGGGUUAAAGUCCUUUCUUGCUUUCAAAUAUGCUAUGGAGCCACAGUUGAGGACAGUAGUUUCCUGCAGGAGCCUACCCUGAAAUCUUCUCUUCGCAGCUUAACAUGGAAAUGAGGAUCCCACCAGCCCCAGAACUCUCUGGGGAAGAAUGUUGGGGGCCGUCUUCCCGUGGUUGUAUGCACUGAUGAGAAAUCAGGCGUUUCUGCUCCAAACGACCAUUUUAUCUUCGUGCUCUGCAACGCCUUCAAUUCCAGAGUUUCUGAGAACAGACCCCAAUUCAAUGGCAUGACCAAGAACACCUGGCUACCAUUUUGUUUUCUCCUGCCCUUGUUGGCACAUGGUUCUAAGUGUGCCCCUCCAGCGCCUAUCAUACGCCUGACACAGAGAACUUCUCAAUAAAUGAUUUGUCGCCUGUCUGACUGAUUUACCCUAGGAUAAAGACUCUUUGUGAUUUUAAAGAAAUGGUCAGUAAAACUGUAAUGAGAGUCCCAGGGAACCAAGAUGGCACAUAGACAGAUAAGCUACUUUGGCACAAACACUUAAAAAGAAUUAUGUUGGUAAGUAGGGGGAUGUUUGAUGUAGCAGAAUUCUAGCACUUCCUGGAGGGUUGAAGCACUUGGUGACAACAACCUUUGGAAAAUGCUUUGGUUUCCUGGGGUCCUUCAGGUAACCAAGACCUCCCUGUUUUCUAGAAACUUUCUAAUGACUUGGCUAGGAUUUAGGAUUUGCUCUGUCACAGUUAUUGCUACCCAUCCUUAAUUUUUUUUUUUUUUUGACACAGUCUCACUCUGUUGCCCAGGCCAGAGUGCAGUGGCAUGAUCUCGGCUUACUGCAACCUCUGCCUCCCGGGUGCAAGUGAUUCUCCUGCCUCAGCCUUCCAAGUAGCUGGACUGCAGGCAUGCACCACCACACCUGGGUAAUUUUUGUAUUUUUAGUAGAGAUGGAAUUUCAGCAUGUUGGCCAGGCUGAUCUUGAAUUCCUGACCUCAGAUGAUCCAUCCGCCUCACCCUCCCAAAGUGCUGGGAUUACAGGCAUGAGCCACUGUGCCCGGCCACCAUCCUUAAAUGUUGAGCUUGGGAGAGAAGAAGAUGAAGGUUUAAAUGCAGAUAUCUUCACUUCUAUGGACACUCUAAAACCUCCCAAUCCAAAGCAUGGUCCCUGGACCAUCAGCAUCACCUGAGAGCUUAUUAGAAAAGCAAAGAAUAAUCUCAGACCCCACUCCAGACCUCCUAGAUCAGAACUUGCAUGUUAACAAAAUCCGCAGGGGAUGAGUAUAACCAUGGGUGUCUGAAAAGCACUAUUGUAGAACAUUCUUCUGUUUGUCAUGCUGACAGCAGAGCUUGUCUUUAAAACCAGAGAAAAAUGUCUUCCUCUUGACUUGGACCCUUUGCAUCUUCUCUUAGAAUAACUUCCCUGAAAACUCAAUUGAUGUCUUCUGGCUCUUUGAGUUGC